AUGGAAAGCACAGCCACCUCUACGCCCUCUCCGGGCCCUAUCCCCCAAAAGAGCCCUAACUCACCACCGGAGGAGCCACAACCAAGUCCUCCGAGCCUCAAAACAUUUUUCUACAAUAUUAUAUCACAUGCUUGGACUAUUAUCUCGGUCCCACCGGCAGUAAUCCUUCUUUACCUGAAUCUCCAUGAGAAGGUUGUCGGCCCAGAGCUUGGUCGGUCAAGGGCCGACACAGAGGCCGUACUCAACAUACUUCAAUACGUGUCGAAGGCCCUCGAGAUCACCAUGGUGCUCUGCCUCGCCAAUUUGGCUCGCCAAUUAGUCCAGAGCGCACUGAUCAGCAAGAAAGGCACGAUUCUUGCUCUUGUCGGGGCGGAACAAGUGACUGCUUCCCCGACCGUGCUAGUUUCCAGAGGUUACAUGUCCGCUUUGAAGUUUGGGUUAGGUUAUUUUGGGAGAUCGAGUGGAGGAGACCCCAAAGGGAGGGGUAGGAGGUUAGGUGUAUUAACGAUAUCGGCAUUUCUUCUUCUUGCAGGUCUACUUUGCUUAUCAGUGGGCCCUUCGAGCGCCGUACUUCUGAUUCCGGCUCGGCACUGGUUUUUCGAAAAGGACUUGAAGCCCAAUGAAAUCUUGCAACAGUGGAACAUAAGUUCGGGCUCAGCAUUACUAUCAAAACGCUCCCCGGGUUAUCCUUACAUCUUCCUUAACCCGCUUGACUCCGACAUGAAAAAAGUACAAGACAAUAUGUCCGCCGGCGGGAUGUGGUGGAACUACACUGGGAACUAUUGGCCAAUGCCAGAGAAGAUAUUGGGUGCAAGUAAUGCCUAUAUCCAGAGAGAAUCAACUGAAACUCAUAAAUUCGACAUUUUGAUGCAUCCAGUGACUGUGAAUAGCAGCACAUUGCUCAGGCCUCGUUUCUUGAACAUCGAUGAAAAAUGGAUCGGAGGAACGAACUUUACAACCCUAAUGUGGGAUGAUGUUGAAUACGGGGGCCAAGCAAAUCUCACCUAUAAGCCCACUGCUGCGAAUAACCCGACGCCGACAUUGUUCAAAACCACAAUGAGGGCCGUGAGAUCAACAACCGUUUGUCGACGCGAACGUAGGUUAUCAUGCGCAGACUCAUCUAAGAUAAUAGCACCCGCCAGCAAUUCCACUGAGUGGUGCUUUCAACCUGUCGCCCCGAAUAAUACAACAAGCAAAGAAGUCCUUAGAAGUCGGGAUCUUCUGCUACUUGUGGACCAUCGAAAUGCUACGCUGCGGACGAUAGGCGGUAGCGUGGAUGAUUAUUUCCUUUUUCCCAGAUUUUAUAUCACCGAAGGUCACCGUCUACAAUCCAACAAUCUUUUUACCGACUCAAUACAAUUUGUGUUCGAAUUCGAAGAGGACUUGAUCGUCUGCGCUAACACGGCGGCGCUCACGUCGGCAACGGCAACCCUUUCCGGUCGGCUGUAUGAGGUCUUCGGAGCAGAGUAUCACAAGGAAAUCUCCUAUGAUGCGAAGACAAGGACUCCACACCCACCUGCAACAUUCCUAUUUCAAGAAGGCUGGCUAGACUAUGAGCACGUAGGAGGUUUCAAUGUCUACCCUGGCGGUGGAAACACGACGGCCUUUCUAAGUAAAGAACGUUCUAAACGUGGAGAAACAAUGAAUCCCUCACUACUAGCAUGGGCGAAAAAGGUGGUAAACUCUAAUAAUCAAAUGGGGGAUACUAUAUGGAGACCUCUGGACCACUCCUUUACGGAUAAGACCAAGCUGGACAUAUUGAACCGUCAGCUUUCGGAAAACCACUUGGAAACGUUGACACACAUAAUCGAUGCUUCAACGGUUGAGGUAACAGUUGGCGGACCUUGGGUCACCCUGUUGUCAUUAUUAAACAGCAAAUCUCAGAGUCAGUAUGCGUUUCUACCGACGUCACCGAAGUCGGACGUACUUAUUCAAUCAAUCCAGAACUAUAAGAAUCUUGUGUAUUCGCCAGUUUCUGUCUACCACCGCCUUUACGGAUACUCAGUUAGCCCGACGAUAAUACUAGCCAUGACCGUAGUUACCAUGUUCGUGGCUGUUGCUUGCUGUGGCUCAAUAUGGCAGCUGUGCAGGGGUAGCAGCGCGGAAGUAACUUGGUCGUCUCUCCCCGAGUAUCUCUUGCUAGGAGAGAGCACUGCUACUGAGAUGGGAAGACUAUCGUAUCGACAGCUCAUGAAAGGACAGGAGGAGAGAUUUGAAUGCGGUGUGCAAGUUCUUCGUGAUGAAACUAGUGGCAAUCAUCGUUUAAUCAUUCCGACGGCCAAGCAAGACGCUGAAAUCCUCCAGUAG